AUGCGCAAGAAAACUUUCACGGUGAAAGAGCAGGAACAAAAAAAGCAUUUCUACCCAGAGCUAUUCCGCUUUCGAGAGACUAGCUUCGCGGGCUUCCAUUACGACUGGUAUGAGAAAAAUACCUUUGACGAUACUCCUGAAGAGCGGGAAACCUUUUAUGAAAAAGUUUGGGGCGAGGGUGGUUUCAGGUACUGGGUUGCGUUCAAUCGGCCGAGUGUGGAUUUGGUUAACAUCAAACACAACCCGAUCAAGGAAUUCACUGAGACAGGUAUUACGCUUCAGGAUGGGACGCAUCAUGAGUUUGAUGUCAUUGCAGUGGCUACUGGAUUUGUCAUGACACAGCUCGGCCUACAAAGUAUCAACAACACCAAGCUCCAAGAAGAAUGGGCCACAGGGGCCAAAACAUACCUCGGCACGACAGUCUCCGGCUAUCCCAACAUGUUUCACAUUUACGGAGCCCACGGGCCAACCCUUCUGAAAAGAAACAAUAUCAAGUACAUCAACGCAAAGCCUGCUGCGGCCGAGUCUUGGAAAGAGAAGAUCUUGCAACAGACGGAGAUGUCCCUCUUCCCGACGACAAAUUCGACCUAUAUGGGAGGCAACGUUCCGGGCAAGAUCUAUGAGCCGGUUUGUUAUGCUGGUGGAAUUCCAGCCUAUAUUAGGGAGAUACGGGCUGCUCUUGAUACUAUGAAAGAGUUUGAGAUUGUUACGCAAGAACCACCCGAGGGAAGAGGUGACGCUCGGCUUUAG